CACCAUGCGUAACAAUUGUCGCAAGAAUUUUGUUCUGGUAGUAAGCAUUCUCAUACUGCUGACGUACCUCUUUCUGACCUUAUUUUACGACGGUGGUCGAGGACGGUUCGAUAAUGUGUUAAAGCGAAUGGCGCUGCGGAACAGCAAAAACUUGUCCAGCAGAGUAAAUGUUCAAGAUGAAAUACUCUCAACAACACCUCCCUCUACACUCGGUACGACGCUGUUCCAGUACGUCUAUACAACGCUAGGGCUAGAUGCAAGAUAUCCAGUGCCACCGGGUGAUUUGGGAACACCGGUGGAGAUUGACCUAAACGACACGGCCAUUUCCAACCUAGUAGGCGAUGGAUUGAUCGCACAAGGACUGAACCAAUUCUCCUCCGAUCUUAUGUCACUUCGGAGACGGUUGCCCGACUAUCGAGACCCUUGGUGUCGGGCGGCUGGUCGAUAUCGUUCCGAUUUACCAUCAACAUCGAUCGUGAUCGUGUUCUACAACGAAGCGUGGUCGGUGUUGGUGCGUACGGUACACUCCAUACUCGAUCGAUCACCUGCUCAUCUAGUGCGCGAGAUAGUACUCGUGGAUGAUUUCAGCUAUUUGCCACAUCUAAAAACGCAACUGGAGGACUACUUUGCUACCUACCCGAAGAUCCGCAUUGUUCGAGCUCCAAAGCGGUUAGGAUUGAUCCGGGCACGAAUGCUCGGUGGGAAGAGCACAAAGACGGAUAUAAUUACGUUCCUUGAUGCACACGUUGAGGUUACUGUGGGAUGGCUCGAAGCCCUAAUACAACCGGUAGCAGAUAAUUGGACCACGCUUACACUUCCGACAAUUGAUUGGAUUGACGAGAACAAUAUGAAGUACCGCAACGAUAAGGCACCAACAUUCAUUGGUUCAUACGAUUGGGACCUUAACUUUGGCUGGUGGAGUCGCUCAUCUAUGAAGAAGAAGUACCCGAACAAGAUGGAACCGUUCGAUACACCUGCCAUGGCUGGCGGACUGUUCACAAUCUCGCGGAAGUUUUUCGAUCGAAUCGGCUGGUACGAUGAGGGUUUCGAUAUCUACGGCAUCGAGAACAUUGAGCUGUCGGUGAAGAGUUGGAUGUGUGGUGGAAAGAUGGUCACCGUGCCCUGCUCCCGGGUAGGACACAUCCAGAAAAAUAGUCAUCCGUACCUUUUCAAACAACCCAAGGACGUUGUGCGUGCGAAUUCGAUCCGAUUGGCCGAGGUGUGGAUGGAUGAGUUCAAGCAAAUAAUUUUCGACAUCUACGGUAUUCCAAAGUACUCCGAGGAAGAGUUCGGUUCGGUAGCAACGCGCAAAGCCAUUCGGCAGAGUGCCAACUGUAAGUCGUUCGGAUACUAUCUGGAGAACGUUUUCCCCGAAAUGCACAACCCGCUGGUUCCGGGUGCGUUCCGUGGUGAGGUACACAGUGUGCUGCUGGGCAAUGACAGUUGUUUGACGUACCGGCAGCACGAUAAUUUCCUUGGCAUGGCACCGUGUGACCACCUGCAGAAGGAUCAAUAUUGGACGCACAACUACUAUCAGGAGCUCAACAGUUACAGGAAUUGCAUCGAUGCCGUCACAAAUGUAGUGGAAGUGUACAUGUGCCACAGGCUGCGAGGCAACCAGGCAUGGCAUUUCUUGGUGGAAAGCCGUCAGAUAGAGAGUGUAGCGCACAAGCUCUGUUUAGCGUUGAACAUGACAACAAACACCACCCUUGUGCUGGAGAAAUGUGACGCUACGAAGCAGAACCAACAGUGGGACGUUUCAUACAUCGAGUUGGACGUAUCAAUGUUGAUAGAACAUUAGCUACAAAA